AUGAUAACUGUGACCACCAUGAGUACUGCGGCCACCAUGAGUACUGCGGCGGCCAUGACCACUGCUGUGAUGAUUUUUCCUCUUGGAAUAGAGCCCAGUGUCUUUGAAUUUGACCAAUUCUGGCGACAGCUCAUUAUGCUUCUUGACGGUCAGCUCAGCUUCCUCGCCGAUCUCCCCGUUAGAGUACGCGUCCAGCACCGCACGGACCGACUCGAAGUGCUCAUCCAGAAGCUGGGGACAGAUGGGGACGCGUUCCAUUUUACUUGUGAUUGA